AUGUCUCAACACAACGAAAACAAUUCUUUGAUUGAUGAUCUCAUCGAUAACGAUGAACCAGAAACUACACCAAUGUAUGCUAGUUCACAGGCCCCACAAGCACCACAGGUUAUAGAACCACAAAUCCCACAACCUAAAUCACACAUGUUCCAACUCAAUUUCUACAAAAAGUUCUUUGACUUGAACACAGAAGAUUUCUUUGAAAAGAUCAAGAAUGCUAUAAAUCCUUUCAACCAUCAAUUGAAUUUGAUUAAGGAAGAUGACGAAGAAAUAACUGAACUAUACGGAUUUUUCUGGAUCACAGGGACCUUGAUCUUUUUAAUGUUUGUCAGUUCCACAGGUUCUAACCUUUUAUCCAAUUGGUUACAUUCUAAGAAAGAUAAGGAGUAUGAGUAUAACUUUGAUUUAUUGACCAUCUCAAUUAGUUUAUUCUAUGGAUACAAUUUGAUUGUCCCUUUCAUAUUAUUCUCAGUCACCACAUGGGUUCUUAAAUUCCCUGAAAGAUUAUCAUUAACUAAAAUGGUAUCGGUUUUCGGGUAUACUAACAUAUUAUGGUUCCCUAUUACCAUCAUCAACUUUUUAAUCGUAUUAUUGAUCAAUAAUGAAAAACACCAUACCUUAUUGAAUAUCUUAGAAUGGAUCAUCGUAUCAAUUAGUGGGGUAGUUACAGGAUUAAGUAAUUUAAGUAAAAUAGGACCAGUAUUACUCAAGAAUUUAUCCCUUAUUGGUGAUGUUGAUCCCCAAAGAAACUAUUAUAUAUUAAUGGGCUCCCUUAUAUUUGCUCAUAUGAUCUUUACUGUAUUGGUGAAAAUCAGUUUUUUUGGUAUAUCAGUAUAA